AUGGCGUCACCCGCCGUGCUCUCAGCGACGCCCGUCGGUGGCGGGACCCGCGUUUUUGAAUACCCCCCUCGGGACCUCGACAUCCAGGACUGGAGCACCAUCGACGCGAUCGACUUGAGCUCCUUCUACACCCCAGAGGGCGUGGACCAGGGGAAGCUCGCGGAGCUGGACUCGGCCGUGCGGCUUCUCGUCCAGAACGCGGUCGGCCCCGCGCCGGGCGAGGACGCCGAUGCGUCCGUGGCGCGCCUCACGCGUGCCUGUGUUGUCCUGCAGCUGGGCCUCGAGCUGCAGUCCAUGCGCUACGACGACGUCCUGCAGGAGGUGGACGAGAAGGACGCGGAGCUCGAGGACUACCGCGCGGAGGUGUCGGCGCUGCAGGCGCGGCUGGACGCGCGCUACGACGAGCAGGCGGAGCUGGCGGCGGGGCGGGGAGUCGGGGCCAUGGAGGCCGAGGACCUCCGCAUUCAAGUCAGCCAGCUGUCCACGGCGCUGCAGAGCGCCGAGCAGCGCGGGGAUGAGCUCCAGGACCGCAACGUGGCGCUGGAGGACCGCGCGAGGGACCUGCAGAAGGAGCUGGACGCGGUGCGGACCAACGCGGACGCCCUGGACCGCAGGUUGCGGCUCGCGGAGGACGAAGUGCGUAUGUUGCGGAUGCAGGCCGACGCCGACGCGAGGUCGCGCGGACACAACCGGCUCAUGGCAGGCGGGCUCGAGGAGGAGCUCGAGGUGCGGAAGCGCGAGGUGCGGAAGCUGCUGCGCGACAACGGCGACCUGGACGCGCAGUGCCGGGAGCUGCGGCGGCGCGAGGCGGAGCUCAAGGGCGAGCUGGAGGAGACGUCGCAGGCGCUGGUGGCGCUGUCGGACAGCGAGAAGCGGUGGCGGGCGCGCGAGGCGGACCUGGCGCUGCAGGCGGAGGAGGCGCGGGACCGGGCGACGGCGCUGGCGGCGGAGAACGACGACGUGAAGCAGACGGUGAUGCAGCAGCUGCGGGCGAUGGAGGCGAUGCAGGCGACGUUCGACCGCAACUACAAGAUCUGGGAGGAGGAGCGGGCCGCGCUGGACGCGCAGUGCCAGGCCCUGCAAGACAGGAUCGACCGCGUUGCGCGAGCGCCGACGCAAGAUGGGGCGGAGCGCUCCGACCUGGACGACUCGGAAGUCGGGUCGACGCACGGCGCUGGCCGCCUGCGGGAGGAGCUGCUCAAGGCGCAGGAGAGGGAGCUGCUCCUGAUGGAGGCGUACGAAGACCUCGAAAGGAACGUCGGCCGCGAGGUCGACGCCGCGCUGGCCGAGGAGCGCGAGCGCACACGCGACGACCGCCUCUCCGGCAAGGUCGCCGAGGACGAGCUCCGGCGCGCGCGCGACCGCAUCCAGCACCUCCUGGCAGACCUCGAGCGCCUGCACAACGACGUCGAGUACCACGCGGAGAAGAACAAGCAGUACGAGCGCGGGUACGGCCUCCAGGACGCGGUCCUCGAGCUCAAGGCCUGGCGCGACGACGCCCUGCAGCGCGAGCGCACCAUCAAGGACCUCGGCGCCAGUCUCAACGAGGUCGGGGACAAGUUCGAGCAGCUCCUGGAGGAGAACCGGGCGCUGCGGGAGCGCGCGGGGCUCCCGGAGUCGGCCGCGGUGCCGCUGGCGGGCGUGCGGCUGCCGUGGCGCGAGGAGGCGGCGCAGUUGAAGCAGCUGGUGGCGCACUUGGAGUUGGAGCUGCAGGGGCGGGCGGACGAGGAGAUGCGGCUGCGGCAGGAGCUGCGGUACCGCGUGAAGUGGUCCGGGUCGAACGCGGUGCGGCUGGGCCUGAGCGAGGCGCAGGUGGCGUACGUGGAGGAGGUGAUCGAGGGGCUGAAGGGGGGGGGGUAUGGAGACACCCCCGAGCAGCGCGCGCUGCAGAGGAUGGAGGAGCGGCUCACGGCGAUGCAGCGGCGCCUCGAGGCGCUGCACCGCGUGUCGGCGAUGCCAGAGGAGGAGCGCGCGCGGCUGCUGCAGGCGCUGGCCGAGUCGGGCCCGACACAGGGGGGACUGAUGAUGCCCGUGUACCAGAUCGCGCAGGGCCCGCCCGCGGUGUCGCUGGCGGAGCUCCGGCGGCUCGAGGAGUCGCUGCGAUCGGUCGUGGAGCAGCUGGGGGAGGUGUUGGAACGGGCGGGCGCGCAGGGGGGGGGACUAUUGCGGGUGGUGGAGGAGGCGCUCGCGACGGUGCGGGGCGCGGUGGGCCGCGCGCAGGCCGCAGGCGACGCUGCAGCGGCGGGCGGCACGCCGGGGGCCGCGCUGGGCACGCCGGGCGUGCCGACCCCCGGGAUGCUCAACACCCCAGGGGGUGUCUCGCGGGUUCCGCCCGGCAGCGGCGCGGAGUACCUGCGGAACCUGUUCCAGGCGAAGGCGACGGAGCUGGCGCAGAUGCAGGCGGAGCUGGCGGAGCGCGCGGGCGUCGAGGAGGCGAUGCGGCGCGAGCGGGACGCUCUGCGGGCGCGGCUGCGCGGGGAAGGGCGCGGGGGGGCCGACGGGACGUUCGUGUCGAUUCAAGAGCUGCAGGAGGCCCAGGCGGAGAUCCAAGCCCUGCAGACGCAACUCGUGGAGGCCCUCGAGACGUCCUCGGUGCGCGAGCGCGAGUCCGCGGCGCUCGAGGACGAGCUCAGCGCGGCCCACGCCGCCCUGCAGCAGGCCCGCGACCAGACCGCGCUGCUUUACCGGGAGUUCGCGCGCGUGCGCGCUGCGCACAUUGCAACGGAGCGCGCCCUGAACGACAGGCUGGAGACGGCGACGACGGAGCGGGACGCGGCGCAGCGCGCGGAGCAGGAGGUUCAGCGGGUGGUGCGCGUGCUGUCCGGCGCGGAGGGCGCGGAGGAGGGGGAGUCUGACGAGGCGCGGAUGAAGCGGGCGCUGGUGGAGGCGACGCGGCGGAUGGCGCUGAGUCAGGCGCGGCUGGCGCGCGUGGGGCGGCAGGUGACGCUGGUCGAGGCGCGGGAGGCGGCGAAGUCGCGCGAGGUGGGGGAGUUGAAGGGGGAGUUGACCGAGAUGGGAGCGGUGCUGCGGGCGCGCGUGGACCAGCUGGAGCGGGCGCGCGCGGAGGCGGUGCGGCGGCUGGGCGCGCAGGUGCGGCGCGUGGAGCAGUCCGUGCCGCGGGAGGCGUACCGGGCGCUCAAGGACCGGUACGCCGCGCUGGAGCGCGCACACAAGAAGCUGCUGCAGCACAAGGCUGCGGGCGGGCACGCCGAGGGCGAGGUCAUGCGGCUCCGCGAGGCCCUCGCGAAGGCAGACGAGGCCUGGGCCACCGCGGUGCGCGACGCUGCCGAGGCGAAGGCGAAGUUCGCGGCCGCCAACACCAACGGCGCCGGCGACGCCAUCGCGCCGGGCCUCGGCGGCACCCCGCGCCCGCAGGACGAGGUCGUGCGGCUCUCGGUCGAGCUCGAGGGCGAGCGCGCGCGUCUGCAGCGCGCGACGCGCGAACUCGACCUUGCACGCGACGCGCGGGACCAGCUCGAGCGCGACCUGCAGAACGCAGAGCGCGACCUCGCGGACAAGGUCGCGGCGCUGCAGGCGUACCACGACGGCGAGGAGGAGCUGCGGCGGCAGAUGGCGGACAUGGUUCCCUUGGCGGCGGUGGCGGAGCACCAGCAGCGCGUGGAGGAGCUGGAGGCGACGCUGCGCGAGGCGGACGAGGGCCUCGCGGCGACGCGAGCGCGGGCGGACGCGGCGGAGGACGCCGUGGCGCGUGCGGAGGCGGAGGGUCUCGCUGUGCGCGCGGAGGUGACGCACCUCCGGCAGGGGCUGCGCGACAUGGCGCAGGGGUCGGAGCACGCGCUGGUGGUCGCGCGGCUGACGGAGGAGAUCGUGAGCGUGCGGAGCAAGGAGGCACUCGUGCGCAGUCAGCUCACGCGGUCGGAGCGCGACCGCGAGCGGCUGUUGUCGUCGGUGCUGCGUCUGGAGAGGGAGGUCGGGCAGCGCGAGCGCGUUGCGGACGUUGUUGGGGAGCGAGCGCGGGCGCUCGACGCGGCGCUGCACCAGGCGUCGCAGCGGCUGCUCGCGCUGCAGCACGGCGGCGUGCAGGCGCACCAGGCACGGCGGUGGGCGCUGGCGACGGCGGAGUACGCGCGGAGGGUCAAGUGGCUGUCCGAGCAGCUGGACCGCAUGCGGGAGCUGCUGCUGGAGAGCGAGGGGGGGCGGCUGAAGGCCGAGUCUGACCUGGAGGGGUACAAACAAUCGCACGUGCUGGCGGAGGGGAGCGAGAGCGACGCGCGGCGCGAGGCGACGCGCAUGCGCGAGCAGGCCGCGCGGCUCCGUCUGGAGCGCGCGCGCAAGGAGCGUGAGGCCGCGAUGCUCCGCGAGCGCUCCUCGUACCUCGACCGCGUCAACGCGGAGCUCGAGGCCCGUCUCCAGGGGUACGAACAGGAACAGGAGGACGACGUGGGUCGGGCGGAGCGGGAGCGCGAGGCCGCGAUGGCGCAGGCGCGCGAGCUGCAGCGGCGGCUCGAGUCGAGCGCGGUCGACCUCGCCGGCGUGUCGUCGCGGCUCGAGGAGGCGCAGGCGGAGGUGCGCGCGUUGCGGGCGCAGCAGGGCGCGGCGGCGGCGGGCGGCGGCGGCGGCGGUGGGCGGGGCGGCGCGGGGGGGCUGACGCGCGUGCACCGCGACGCGCUGCUGGAGCAGAUAGAGCGGCAGAAGCAGGCGCGGAUUGAGAACGCGGGUUUGAUGCGCAAGGUGGAGGCGCUCGAGGAGGAGCUGCGGCGGAAGGAGAACGAGACGCUGCGGGCGCUGACGGAGCGGGACAGGGCGCUGGGGGCGCUCGAGGGCGCGGGGGGGCUCGGGCGGCUGUACCGGGAGCCGGAGGCGGACGCGAUUCAGGGGCCGGGGCGGGCGCCGGGGGCGGCGGCGAUCGGGGAGGCGCACCUCGCGGAGAUCCGGCGGCUGGAGCUCAAGGCCGGGCGGCUCGAGGAGGACAUCAGGAGGCUGAUGCAGGAGCGCGCUCAAAUGCGCGACGAGCACCACCAGGAGAUCCAGAGCCUCCAGGACCAGAUCGCAAACCUCGAGGACGGCCUUGCCGCGCAACGCACGCGCCCAGCGGCGUCCACCCACCACACCCAAACGACCCCGCGGCCCCACAGCACGCCGCAGCGCCCGGCUGCGCACAGCGUCGCCGUCGGCCAGACCCCGCGCGCCGCCCCUGUCGACGCCGCCGCCAGCCCGAUGGGCCGCAGCGCCGCCGCCACGCCGCGCCAGGGCCAGCACGCACGCGACGAAGCGUUCGUUCGCGACGACGCAGCGCCCCCUGCUUCGAGAGGGCACAGCGUGGCCCCGACGCCGCGCACGGCGACGCAUCCUGGAACGGCGGCGCGUGGGUCCGCAGUGCCCAGUCAUGGGGAGCCGCCGAUAGGCUUCGAGCAGAGCAGCACGCCGGAGAGCAUCUCUUUCGGGAGCUCGUCGCACCCGGGCGACGUCGUCGGCGAGGUCCGCAGUGCGCAGGCAGCGCAGUCGCAGACGGCGCCGCUUGCGAUGGCGCACGCCGGCACCGGCACGACGCCUGUGGCGCACACAACGCAGGGCACGAUGGCCGCGACGCCGGCGCCGCGCGAGGGCGUCGUGGACGUCACGGCGCGCCGGACCAUCGAGGAUCUGCACGUGCGCAUAGAGAACCAAGCGUCCGCGCACGACGUCGAGAUGGCGCAGCUGCAGGGGCGCUUGGCCGCGCUGCAGCGCGAGGUGGAGGUGCGCCGGGCCGAGGCGGAGGGGUACCUGCGCGAGCUCCACACGGCGCGGAGCUACUCGACGCGCCACGCCACGCAGACCCUGCGGUCGCAGCUUGCGAAGCGCGACGAGCUGAACCGGCAGCUGCGGAAGGCGUUCAAGGACCUGCAGAGCAAGGUCGAGAAGCUGGAGGAGGGCCAGCGCGUGCGCGACGCCCGCGACGCCGACCGCACCGCGACUGCUGUGGAACAGGCGCAAGAGAAGAGCCGGAAACUCGACUCGCAGCUCCUCCGUGCGCGCGAGGACCUGCGGGACCGCGACGCCGAGAUCGCGGAGCUCAAGUCCGCGCUCGACACCGCGCGCGGCCGCCUCAGCGCCGCGCAGCGGCGCCUCGACGAGGAGCUGGCUGCGUCGCGCAAGUCGUCACCGGAGCGCAAGAGCCCUCCGCGUGCGGGGCGGUCGGCGGCGGAGUCCGCGCGGAGGGCGCCGGGGCGGGGCGCGCGGGCCGAGACGGCGGAGCGCGGGGUGCAGGCGGUGGUGGGCGACGGCGGGCCGUUGCCGGUGCGGAUGGUGGUGCGGGUGGAGGGCAUGGGCCCGCUGACGAAGAAGGAGGUGGCGCUGGAGCACUGGGAGGAGGGGAAGCGGCUGAAGAAGAAGAUCGAGGGCCUGGAGACGAAGCUGAAGCAGAGAGCCAAGCAGCUCGAGGAGGCGCUGUCCACAAGCAGCUCCCUCUCUCGACGCAUCGAGCGGCUCGAGGGCGAGCACACCCUCCUGCAGCAGCAGGCCGACAGCGCGGCGAGCAAGGUCCGCAAGGCGCAGGAGGCGGCUCGGCAGCGGUCGGCCGGCGCGGAGCAGGCCGCGGAGGCCGCCCUCGCGGCGCAGGCGGUCGCGGAGACGCAGCUGCGCAACGCGCUGGCGGAGCUCUCCCACGUACGCAAGGAGGCGGAGCUGCGCGUGCCUCCGGAGCGCCAUCGUGCGCUGCUGGAGCGGAAACGUGCGCUCGAGAGGGAGGGGGGCGAUCUGAAGGAGAAGCUCGCGUCCGCGGAUGAGACCGUCCAGGACCUCAAGAGGCGUCUCGCGGAGCAGCAAUCGCGCGCGUUGCAGUCGACGUCGCGCGCCGAGCUGUUGCAACAGCGGGUCACGCGGGCGCAGCGCGAGGCUAGCGGGGCGCGCGCCGACACGGCCCCGCUCCGCGCGGAGCUGGAGGCCGCCGCGCGGCGCGCCGAGACGCAGCAGGCGCAGAUCGACGACCUGCGCGGGAAGUGCCGCGCGCUGGAGGCACAGUGCGAGCAGUUGCGCAGCGCUGCCAGCCGUGGCGUGCCGGCCGAGGUGCUGGAGGGAGUGCGGCGGGAGCGGGACGAGGCUGUGGCAGCGAGGGAGGCGGCGGAGGCGGAGAGCGAGCGGGUGGAGGCGGAGCUGCAGAGGGCCCGGGAGGUGGAGGUGGCCCUCAAGUCGGAGCUGGAUGUGGUGCCUCAGUUCAUCGAGGAGAUAACGGGGCUGCAGGCGCGCGUGCGGGAGCUGGAGGAGCAGCUGGGGGCCGCGGGGGGCGGUGAGGGAGACGCCUGA